AGUGCAGGAAAACCGAAAAGACGGAAAGAAGGGAAAAAUCUAAGGGCGGACAAGGACGCAUCCAAAUACCAGCUGGCUGAGUGGCGCUGGUUGCCUCGCAGUUUGGCACCGUCUUCUUUCGCUCCGUCAUCUCUCUCUCUCUCUCUCUCUCUCUCUCUAUCUCUCUUUUCCUCGUCGUUCCGUUCUAGAAGUUUCCAACGCUUUAUGGGCUCUGGGCUCUCAUCUCUCUUCACCGCCCGGAACCCACCGUCGCCGGAACCCAGUCUCGGCGACUUGCCGGAGAGUUGCGUUGCCUCGGUCGUGGCCUACUUGGAUCCGCCGGAGAUUUGUAGACUCGCCUUACUGAAUCGGGCCUUUUCGGGCGCUUCCUCGGCCGAUUUUGUUUGGGAGUCCAAAUUGCCCCAAAAUUAUCACUCUGUUAUUCAGAAAGUGUUUGAUCGUUUCCCGUCGAAUUUGUGCAAGAAAGAGAUAUAUGCGAGGCUCUGCCGACAAAAUUCCUUUGAUGGAGGCACCAAGAAAGUGUGGCUGGAUAAGAGAACAGGAAGAGUUUGUUUAUCAAUUUCGUCAUGUGGGUUAGCGAUUACAGGAGUAGACGAUCGGAGGUAUUGGAACCGUAUUCAGACCGACGAAUCUAGAUUUGGCGCGGUUGCUUAUCUCCAGCAAAUCUGGUGGUUUGAAGUUGAUGGGGAAUUGGAGUUUCCCUUUCCGGCUGGGAGCUACAGCCUAUUUUUCAGGCUGCAUUUGGGACGGACCUAUAAGAGUUUUGGUCGUCGGGUGUGUAACUCUGAGCAUGUCCACGGAUGGGAUAAAAAGCCUGCACGGUUCCAUCUCACAACUUCUGAUGGCCAAGAAGCCAUAUCUCAGUGCUUCUUGGGGGAAACCGGGAAAUGGAUAUAUUGCCAUGUGGGAGAUUUCCUUGUUGACAAUCCCAGCGCCCCAACAAAAAUUAAAUUUUCGAUGACUCAGAUUGAUUGUACGCACACAAAAGGUGGUCUCUGUGUCGACUCAGUGGUAAUAUACCCGAGUGAGUUUAGAGAGAGGUUAAAGCGUUUUUGAAAUUGCAGUUAACCUUUUUAGAUAGGAGCAAUAUGCUAGAUGGAGAGAGUUAUGAUAUCUAGCUGUGUGAAUAUAUGCUAGAGGGCAUGAGAAAUAGAGACCUAUCCCUGUUAAGCUGAGAAAUGCCUAAAUGUAUUUUUACCACUCACUGUUUGAGUAGUGUAUUAAAUAUGUCUCGUCAUUUGGUGCUUUUCUCC